CAUCUCCAUAUAGAUUUCAAGAUUGUAAAAUUCGUCACGUGCUUAAUAAUUGAUGACGUCAUUUUGUGUUCUGGAAGUGGGUGGUCAAGAAGUAUUUGUCUGCAUACACGUGCUUUGAUCUUUCAGAGGGUCACUGGAAUUCACCAGAGUCAGAGCAACAACAAAUCACUAUGCUUGUGUCCGGGAUUACAUCUUUCAUGCUCCUUUUUGUCUUGCUUCUGCAAACGGAUGCAAAGCCAACAUCAGCUUUAAGACAGAAGCGUGCUCCUGGAUUUCAAUUCCCGCGCUUGGGAAGGUUACAAGAAUAUAAAGUAAACAAGCGGCCCUUACAAUUUCCACGCUUGGGUGGGAAAAGAUCUUCUCCACCCGAGAAGUUUGACAGUUCUCCAGACAUUUAUGUCGAAGAAAUUGAACCGGUUUUAAAUGAUGAUAUAAUAGAUAGUUUUCUAAGGGGACAAAAUGAUUUGUCCCCUCAGGACCGUUAUCAGGAAAGCGAAGUGAAUAAAAGGGGAAUUCAGUUUCCAAGAUUGGGAAGAAAAAGGAGUUCAUUAGCUGACAUGCACACCUAUAGAGAAUAUGCAGAAAAAAUGUUAAAUUCGGCAGAUGACGAUUUUCCACAUGACAUUAGAGAGAAGCUGUUGUCAAUGCUCCACUCAGAUGACGAGGGACCGACAAAUAGAAUCAUCAUCAUCUGAAUCUGUCACGUUUAGCCCAUUCUUAUUCAACAGACUUAUUACAGACUGUUUAGAUAGCUGAUUCAUCAUAUCAUUUCAAACGAUCUCUUUAUUUAGGUUUUAGUCUUUUCACCAUAAAAUGUACUACUAUUUUGUCUAAUAAAUGAUUUUUUAAAAAGAAA